AAAAUCUGCUGAAUGGACCAUUAUUGGAUUUUUAAAUGAAUGCGAAGAGGGAACAUUUAGAAAGAAAAUAGAUUCGUAUCUUAAGUCACUUCAAAACAUUGUUGACUUAGACCCUGAAAGAAAAAGGAAAGAAAGGGCGCGCGAACUUCUUGACGCGUACAAGGAGGCAAGGGAUUCUUCUCGCUCACCUGUGUUCAAGACUUUUUGCCGACCUGGCAUUGGUCCUAUUGGGGCACAGGAAACUCUUCUCGCUCGCCUGUGUUCAAGUCUUUUCAGACCCUAUCAUGAUUAUCAUGUAGCACGAGAAUGGGAGAAGGAGCAUAAAUCUGUCAGUGGACCUUCAAUCCACUUCCACCAAAUUACAGAUAGUUCGGUAGUUGGGAUCAAUAGUGGAUCUCUCUACGUUAAUAGAUCAAAAAGAAACCACGAAGAGGAUGAUUUUAAAAACCCGAUCGAGCAAAUUACAAAAAAAGAACGUCAAACUAAGAGCGGAAGGAAAAUUCCGGACUAUCGUGAACUAGCCUCCG